UUACUUCAUUUCCCACAAUUCCUACAGUCGUACUUCCUGGAUAGAUUACACGUAGAGUCACUGCUGUGUUACAGAGCUUCAGAGUAGAAAACUAGUUACAAGCGGCGAGUUUUACAGACUUACUUUAUGCAUUUACGAUUGUUGUUCACUCGUGUUUAUUUACUUCGAUUAUAAUGAAGCCAGAGUGGCGCGUGUCGUUGUGUUUGGUCUCAUAUGUAGGCUAAGCUAUGUUAUCAAGCUAUUAUUAGCAGUCCUAGUUAGCAAGUAGGCUAACAAUUAAGUUACUUGUGUUGUUUACAUUUUUUCCAAGAUGUAUACUUUAUUAUCUGGAUUAUAUAAGUAUAUGUUCCAAAAGGAUGAAUACUGUGUUUUGAUCCUAGGACUGGAUAAUGCUGGGAAAACGACCUUUCUGGAACAAACCAAAACAAAGUUUAGUAAGAACUAUAAGGGAAUGAAUCUAUCAAAGAUCACAACCACAGUCGGUCUGAACAUUGGUACAAUUGAUGUGGGCAAGGCUCGUCUAAUGUUCUGGGAUCUGGGGGGUCAGGAGGAGCUCCAGUCUUUGUGGGACAAAUAUUAUGCUGAGUCCCAUGGAGUCAUCUAUGUGAUAGAUUCAACUGAUGAAGAGCGCCUGUCAGAAUCAAAGGAGGCCUUUGAGAAAAUGAUCAGCAGUGAGGCAUUAGAAGGUGUCCCACUACUUGUGCUUGCCAACAAGCAGGAUGUACCGAACUGUUUGUCAGUGCCGGACAUUAAAACAGCCUUCAGUGACUCUGCCCCGAAGAUUGGCAAGAGGGACUGUUUAGUCCAGCCUUGUACUGCACUCACAGGGGAUGGAGUGAACGAAGGCAUUGAGUGGAUGGUGAAGUGUGUGGUCAGAAACAUUCACAGGCCACCCAGACAGAAGGACAUCACGUAAGGUAUCAUCAGCACUCUUCACACUUCGUAUGGACUUUGAGUUUCUCCUCGAGGAUACUCUUUGUAAACCUGGAGCUGACAACUCUCCUCUCUUUGCUGUUACUCUGGAACCGUUUGGAUUUCUGCCUCUAGGAGUUCAUUACAGACGGUGUGUGAUGGUAUUUUUUUAUCACCAAGCAUCAUUUCAGAUGUGCUUUGAAUGGACUUCUUUGUGUUCCGCUUGUUACACCCUUUGAAGCGGUGUUAUAAUUUCUUCUUCUUCAUGUGUGAGCAGCUGCCUCAGUCUCCAGUGCAGGCUGGAGCUUCACUGACUUUCUGUCACCUUGCACUGUGAUCACAAGAGCACAGAAACAUCAGUUCUCACAUAAAAUAUGCAAAACUACAAUAGGGUGGUCCAGUGUUUGUUCACAGUACGCAUUAACUGAACAAUGUUUAGCUCACAUUUUUAAAGUUGAGUUGAAAUGAGAAUUGUCCCUCUUUCUGUGUAAGGCAGUGAAGUCGGGAAGUGGAAGCUAGUUAGCCUAGCUUGCUACCAUUAGCACUGAUUCCCACCUGCACACUGAGCGCUGUGUUCAUCCCACAUCAGACAAAGGACGAGGUCUUGACCAUCGUAACUUAGGAGCACAGAUAUCAGAUAGUACAAAGCAAAUGUGAACAACAUGAAACCCCAACUGGUUAAGUGCCUGUGUGGCAGGUGAAAUUGAAGUAAUACAACAAACUGUUGUCUGGGCGGACGCUAAAUAUAGUGUCGCACCAGUCAACUGACAUCAGAGUCAUCCCCCAUGAAGAAUGGCACUGUAGUGGCACUGUAACUGCAAAAGGAUAAAUGAAACAAAUUUCCUCCUUUUUAGUAAUAAGUUAACAAUUUUGUGCACUUAAAUACAGUUUUAUUUGCAAAAGUUUAUUUUAAUUUCAGUUCAACUUUUAGGUUUGAACUCUCUUACUUUACUUGCUGUUGACACAUUUUUAGCUCUUAACAAACUUUUCUUGUAAUAUCAUUCAUCAUGUUUUUGGCUUCAGAAAUCUAUCAUAAGACAAAUACAUGAUGGAUAAAUGAGAGGAACUUUUGAAAAGUUAGAGACAUUUCUCACAACUUUUACCUUUUAAAGAGUUUUCCUGCGGCAGUUGUGUAACAUUGAGAGUCCAUAUCCUAAUAAUGUGAGCUAAAAUUGAGAAUAAAUACUCUACUAAUAGUUUUGUGUACUUUACAGUGUUAAAAAGUAUUUUUUGCAUUCUUUUGAUCAUGGCAAAGGACAACUCAAUGGGGCUCCAGAGAGACUGUGGUACAGCAGCCCAAACAGCACAGAGUCUUUACAGACUUGUGUGAGUGGUACACAUACAGUUCAACAGCCACCUAACUGUUUUUUAGCUUUCUUUGUUACCUGUAUAUCAUUUGACCUCUAUAAAACAUUCAUAGUGUGAUUAAAACUAAAUCUUGACUUUGGAAAUGAUAAUGUUAAUAAUUAGCAGAUUCACUACAGAUGGUUGUUGCUGAGCACCCUGGGAAAUUUUGCUGACAUCUGCUGCCAGCAGUUUAACUUGAAAUGUAUGAAGCGGUUAAAGAAAAUGAAGUUGAUGUCCUCUGUAAGUCACAUAUAUAGUAGAUGAUGAUCAUAAUAAAUUUGUGAUUCAAGAAAA